CCGCUGAGUGGAGACACGCACGUUUUUCUCUCGUUCGGUUUGAGUCGCGCGGUCCGGAGUGCUUUUUUCCUUGCUCGGUGUGAAUCUCACCCAAAAGGGACUCGGAAGUCGGAAGAUCAGCUCGGAUUAACAGGUUUCUUGUGACUGAAAGUGCUAUUCCCUUUAGUGAGUGACUACAAAUUCGUUUAUCCAGUGACAGUGACACUAGUGGUUCUAGUAUACGGGGUGUCCCCCAUUGUUUACAGGCUUACCCAAAGGAGGCGUAAAAGAUAAUCACCACAACAGCUAGUGGCAACGAAAGCUACUACAACUACCCUUAGGGUGGUCCACGAUGACCGCGCUAAUCCCAACGUCUCAGCCCACCGGGGUUGAGGCGUACGAGGACAUGUUCAAGGAAAUCACCCGUAAGCUGUACGGAGACGAAUCCGCCCAUGGCCUCUACCCGCACAAUACCCAGGUAGCCCAGGUGGCCCAACUGGCAUCAGGUGCCCCCGCGGCACCCGAAGGCGGCGAACGGUCCUUCACCACACUGGUGUCGGAUCGUAGCAUUACCCAAAUCGAUUACGAAACCACCACAGUCAAUGUUCAACAACAGCAGCAAGGUGGUGGGAAUCAACAACAGCAGCAACAAUCGGCUGGAAAUUUCAAAUCGGAAGAACAUCUCACGACGGCCUUCGGGCUUGCGGCACUUAUGCAGAACGGAUUUCCUCCACCGGGUGCCAUACUGAACCCGGUCAACUUUCCCGUCGGCACGACGCUGAAACCAAGCACAAACAUCUCCAUUGCCACCGCCGACGAUCGCUGGCAAACGCAGACUCAGCAAUCUCAACCUCAGGACCAGCAGCUGCCGGCCGGCAACGAGCAAGCAUGGUCCUCCGGCGGAAAGCAGUCCUCGUCCUACUCACAAAAGUCGUUCAAAAAACCCAAAAUCGAACCCCAGGACGGUUCCCCUACGGGUGGCUCUAUGAACACCGGCAGUACUCUGAACAUUCCACAGACCGGUUCCGACAAGAAAGGAAACUACAGUUCCGCUGCCAUCGGAGCCGCCACCGGAAAGCGUUACAGUUGUUCCUCCUGCCCGUACACCACAGAUCGUAGAGAUCUGUUCACCCGUCAUGAAAACAUCCACAAAGAGGAAAAACCAUUCCAUUGCUAUGCCUGCUUGAAGCAGUUCAAUCGGGCGGACCACGUGAAGAAGCACUUCCUCCGGAUGCACCGCGACAUGGAAUAUGAAAUCGCAAAGACGCGAAAGUCGGUCAGCUCCAAGAACAACUACUACAACAACAAUACUGCCGCCUCUACGCCCGCUAACAGCAGUUCCAACGUCUCAGUUUCCGUCCUAGCAACUCAACCGAUAGUUUCCCAACCAACAACCACCAUCCAGGCCAGUACCCUGAACAUUCCGACGGCAACGUUCCCAACGCAAAUUACCAUUCCCACUCAUCACGUCGCCACUACGAUUGAACAUACGGUCAACGUGGGUGGGAGUAGCCACGACAUCGCCACCAUCAACGGCAUUGUCCACCACGUUCAACACCACCAGCAACAACAACAACAACAACAACAACAACAACAACAACAACAACAACAACAACAACAACAACAACAACAGCAACAACAGCAGCAGCCACCGCAUCCACCAACACAAAUCGUUCUGGCCCCACCGAUAGUUGCCAUCAAGCAGGAGAAAGGAAGUGCCCUCUCACAGCAGACAGCCACGGCUGUUGCGGCGGCAACCGCCAUAGUCAACAAUACCCAACAGCACCACGACAUCGGUGCCGGUGAAGGAGCCAACGACGACGACAAGUCGUUCGUGAAGAAGAUCAAAGGCGAGAAACGAUUCACCUGUUGCUACUGCCCGUGGUCCGGUGCCGACAACUGGGGUCUCAAGCGUCACCUGAACACCCACACGAAACCGUUCGUCUGUAUGCUGUGCGACUACAAGGCGGCCCGUUCCGAGCGCCUGGCCACGCACGUCUUCAAAGUCCACAACAAGAAGGCCUGCAACAAGUGCAACUACUUCGCCGAGGACCAAGAUCAACUCAACACCCAUCAGCUCGAGGCACACCCAAACGAAGUAAGCAAACCGGCAAAGACUACGGUCGUCGGUGGAACGAUUAACAGCCCCACCGUGGUGGCCACAUCCACCAUCAGCGGAACGGGCAACGUGUUGCGCAAUCUAGGAAAUACCUUUGUUCCGAACAAUAUCCACGGGAACGCCAGUGGGAACUCCUUCGGGACGACGACCAACCACACCAACAUCUACCACACGAUAACGACCUCCGCCACGACGGGGAACAUACUGACCAACAGCAACGCGUCCAAUCUGAUCGAUACGAUCAAUGCCCAUCUGGCCCAGACGGCCAACAACAAUAUCGGCGGCAGUGGUGGUGGUGGUGGUGGUGGUGUUUCUGGUAGUGUCAUUCCGGGAAACGGCAUAGGUGGAGGGGUAACGCAGGUGACCACAAAUGGCCCUCAACACCACCUCCACCAGCAACAGCAUCAACAACCUCCUACAUCACACCAUCAACCUCAACAGCAACAGCAACAGCAACAGCAGCAGCAGCAACAACAGCAAACAACCCACCACUGGAUAGCCAAGGUCAAUCGGAAACGGGGAGCUGAGCUCCUAUACAGCUAUCUGGAGGCGGACGGAAGCGACUCGGAAGAUUAUGCCCGCUUACUCAACAUGCAAGCGGUUGGCCGUAACAAAGCUUCCGUCACGCAGGAUUUUCAUAAUGCGGGAGGCGGAAACCAACAAUACAGCAACAGUAGCAGCAACAGCAGCAGCAACGGUACCAACAUGCUAUCACUCCUGGUGGCAGCAUCCUCAUCGGCAUCAUGCUCACCCACGCAUGCAUCGCCCUCGUCACCGUCGUCACCGGCGUCAUCCCUGGCAUCGCCAACGGAAACGGCUGCUACUGGUUGCUCCACAAUGCAACAGCAUCAACCUGGCAAGAUUCCCAUGACCGCUAAUGGGAUGGCAAUGGCCAACCUGACUGAGGAGCAUCUCUCGUUGCUCCAACUAUUGGCCACUGCCGCCGUUGCUCAACAACAUCUGCAGCAACAGCAGCAACAACAGCAGCAGCAGCAACAACAGCAACAACAACAGCUGCAACAGAAGGCGACGUCGACAACGAUUAGCACUUCGCCUCCCGCGAAUCAACCUCACCAACAGCAGCAACUACCGAACCACCACCACCACCAGAAUAGUACAAACCACUCGGCCAGCGAUCCCGUGAACAACAAUGGUUCCAAGCGACGUCGUAAAAGUAGUUCCCGAAACGAUAAGGAGAAUUUGGUCCACCGCCAUCCGGCCGCCGCCAGCGGCAAGGUCAUCGAUCUUACAACCCCCAACAGCGCCGCGACCGGUCCAGCCGAAAACGGAAUUGAACGGAACAACAACAGCAGCAGCAACAAUAACAAUAGUACCGUUAACAAUAAGAAUAUAAACGAAACUAUUUUUGAUAGAGUGUAUAAGAAACCGUACAAUAUGUUUUUAACGAAUGCGUUCUGCAAGCCAACGUCGAUCGCCGAGAAGGUCGACAAGGUCCCCAGGGACGAAAACUUUUCCCUGACCGAAUUCCUUCGGAACCACAAGGAAGUCUCGAUCAGUUCGCUGUCGUCGGCGAACAAGACCCGGGGCGACGACGACGACGUGAUCUUCAUCAAGGAGGAGGCAAGGCUCGGCCGAAAGCAGCAGCUACCCCGGCGAAAACUGCCGGCGGAAUCGGACCUGAAUCAAAGCACCGAUCAGCAGCAGAUCGCUGACAUCCGGGAUAAGCACAUGAUCCGGUUGAUAACGCGGAAGCUGUGCUGCCGGAUCUGCCAGAAUCAGCAACGUCUGGAGCAUUCGGACAACUGCCACUACCACAGCAAAACGUCGCUGAUCCUGCACAACCGCUGGCGCCACGGGCGGCCCACGGCGGAGCAGUGCAAGCUGUGUCGGGCAACCUUCGACCGGAAGUAUAAGCUUAUCUUGCAUCAACGGUUGCGGCACUCGAAGAAGAGGAAAUUGGCGCCAAAAAGCGUUAAGUCCAAGAAGAGCGUGUCGUCCACUGCCGGCAAGAAGGUUUCCAGCAAGAAGAAACCGCAAAAGCAGCAGAAGGAACGGAAACGGAAGUCCAAAAGCCGCUCCGGCAGCAACAAACGGCGCAAGUAGAUGGUAGGUGUAAAGAUUUUGAACAUUUUUUUAUUAUUAUCGUGUACUAAAAGGCGGUAGCUAUCUGUAUUAUACUGUGGUAGAAAUGUACGGAGUCUACUCAUCCGUAACGCACUACGAUUGGGCAGGUGAAACAUAUUUAGCAACGUAGAGUAGAACCGAAACAGAGAUUUGAUGUGUGUUUUCGCACAAGAUACUACUUUUACUUUGACUUUAACUUUAAACAUUUAUAAAAUAUUUUAUUUCAUAUUUCAAACAACGGAACCAGAACAAGCUCAAUCCAAGUUUAGAAGAAGAAGAAGAGGAAGAAAAAAGACAGAGAGAUUAAUCCCGAUUCGGCUAAGCCAAGGCGUGCAAUCUAUUCCUAAAAAUUCUCCUACGAAUGACUAACUUCUAUCUUCACGCAGAGGAAACGUACAAAAGUAUCGAACAAAACUAUAUAUUUUCUCGUAAAACAUUUAUACAACCCGGAAUGGUACCUAUUAGGUAUUCAUAUUAUAUUCUACUUGCCAUUUGCCACGCGCAGUCCAAAACUCAAAACGACAAAGUAUAUUAUUUUGUUACCUAUUAGCGAUUGCACCACCCGUUCUCAGUUCGCUACAUUAGAGGAAGCGGGAAAAUUUUCGUUCAAAUUGUUUUUUACCACAUUUAUUUGUUUACGUUUCAUUCACAACCAUGUAAAGUUUUAAAAAAAAGCAGAAGUAAAGUGAGAACCCCAUAACAAAAGUGGAAAUUGACGUGUCAUAACAAAAGUGUAACGAGGUAGCAAGAGAAAAAAAAUAAGUCACUUCAGACAAAAGAGAAGAAACACAAGAAAAAUCUGAUUAUUAUUAUUGCUAUUAUAUAUUAUAUAUUGUAACAACCAACUGUAUUGAUCAAUGUGAAUUCUUAAUAAAAGAAAAAUCAACCAAACGAGAA